GAAGUGCGGUCCGUGUCCCGUCCUCUGCAUUUCAUACGGCGAAAAUAAUUCAUGAAGAGCCGUUCUACUGGGUGUGUUUAGUGUUUGACAUUAUAUUGCACUUUUAGUUUUAAUUUUAACUGUAUUUACAAUUCGACUGACGGAGGAUAGACCUUUGUAUUCGCGUCGUGUACGGCUGCUGUUGACAAGUCUAAAGUUCAGUGCAGGCUGAAGUGAAACACACCUCAAUGGCAGCCUGUGCAACAACAGUACCUCACUGCCGUUUCAACGAUGAACUAUGGAAAGCCUCAAGCACUGACUGAAGAAUGGCAAGGUUUAGGCGCAAAUCUUGCAUCACAUUAAUUGCCUUAGUUUUGCUUGUACUUGUUAUAACAGUAGUUUUAAAGGCACUCACACCAGAGGACUCUCCUUUCACCAGCCAAGGAGGCAUUGAGCUGUUUCUGGAGAGACAGAAUGAUCCAGACGUCCAGAGAAACAACAACAAUAAACCUGAUGACACCAAAAUGAAUGACGCUAACAAGUCAGACAAGGAUGCAGAGCUGCAGGCUGCACUGAGGAAGUUCCCUCCUCCCAACUACUAUCUCCACGCCUUCUAUUACACCUGGUUUGGAAGCCCCAAGUUCGAUGGCAAAUACAUCCACUGGGACCACCCGCAGCUGCCACACUGGGACUUUAAGGUAGCUCAGGGAUAUCCACAGGGGAGGCACAGCCCACCUGAUGACAUUGGGGCCAAUUUUUAUCCCUCUUUAGGUGCUUACAGUUCCAGGGACCCCUCCAUUAUAGAGGCUCACAUGCAGCAGCUGCGUACAGCCGCCAUUGGUGUCGUUGCUGUUUCCUGGUAUCCUCCUAACAUGAAGGAUGAUAACGGUGAACCAACAGAUGACAUUGUGCCUUUGCUGCUGGAGGUGGCACAUAAAUACCAUAUUAAGGUGGCUUUUCAUAUUGAACCUUACCAAGGAAGAGAUGAAGUCAACAUGUUCACUAAUGUCAAAUACAUCAUCGAGAAAUAUGGAGAGCACCCUGCAUUUUUCAAGUACCGGACCAACACUGGCAAACUCCUUCCACUCUUUUAUGUGUAUGACUCAUAUUUGAUGAACUCGGAGCAGUGGGCCAAACUACUGAAGCACACGGAGAGUACCAGCAUCAGGGAUACCCCGUAUGACGGCAUCUUCGUCGCCCUGCUGGUUGAAGAGAAGCAUAAGAGGGAUAUCCUGACUGCAGGGUUCGAUGGUGUUUACACCUACUUUGCUACUAAUGGUUUUUCCUAUGGGUCCACUCAGCGUAACUGGGCUGCUAUUAAAGCUUUCUGUGACGAUAACAACCUGAUAUUCAUUCCAAGUGUGGGCCCAGGAUAUAUCGACACAAGCAUUCGGCCUUGGAACUUCCAAAACACUCGAAACCGCAUCAACGGCAAAUACUAUGAAACCUCACUGAGUGCUGCGUUAGAGGCCAGGCCUGAUUUUAUCUCCAUCACGUCUUUUAAUGAGUGGCACGAGGGGACUCAGAUUGAAAUGGCGAUUCCCAAAACAAGCCAAACCGUGUAUCUGGACUAUCUGCCCAAUAAGCCAACAAUCUACCUGGAGAUAACUCGCAAAUGGGCCGCAAUAUUUGGUGGUGAACGACGAAGGUGGCAGGAAUGACUUGAAUACGAGCCAUAGCAAAUGUUUAUUCACGGUGGUAAUUAAAUGAAAUGAAGUUGUAGUUGUAGAAUGCACAACAAAAUGCAAAUGAUGAAUAACAGUAUGAGAGAAGCCAAAUGAUUUGCAAAGACACACACAAGUGAACUACUUAAUUACUUCAUUUUGGCUUCAGUGAUGUAUUUUUUUUCUUUUGCACUUUAGUGAUUUUUUUUGCUACUUCAACUGCUGUCUUAUUGCCUCUUGUUUACCCAGCCUUACAUUUUCCGGGAUUCCUAACAUAAUUAGCAUGUUUUAACACUGUCUACCAUAUUCAUCUGAAACUGCAUAGGCAUGUUUUGCCUCUUUGUGAUCUGUGACUAUAUUAAACCUCAAUAGAAAAUAAAGUCCACUCUGGAAAGGAGGAAAGACACAAGUAAACAAAGCAGACUGGUGGUAUAAAGCUGUUGCCUCGCCCUGCUUUCAACUUGGCCUUGGCCCAAAAUACAGUAGAAGAAAAAAACAACGUACAUCUUGGUGUUUUUCAAAGGCACGUCAGUCUGAAAUCUUAAGAUGAGUCAUAGUGAUGCAAACAGCCGAGGGAUGACAAGAUAGCAGUUCAGUUAUUGAAACAGAUUUGUAGCUGAGAAAACAAGAUUAUUUUUAUCUGUGCAAUAGAUUACCUUCUCUCCCACUGUGGUACAUGUUGUCAUGGUGUGAAAGCGUUUGUUCUCAUCGUCUCAGCAAACCGAACACCUCUCUGAUUUGGUAUGUCUGGAUAAAUUACAUAUUUUGUUUUUGACCUGAAGUAGACACAACCACUGCAGCAAAUGGAUGCUAAAACGGAAGUUGGCAGAUGUAAAAACACUUUUUUAUAGCCAGAUAACAGUCAUUCUAUUCGUAACUCUUUGAUUUUUGAUCUGGAUGCUGCAGAUGUGUGGCUGUGUUUUAUGGUCCUUGUGUCCCACCCCCCCACCUCUUUAUCUCUACCUCUACCCCUCUACCUCUACCUCUCUACCUCUUCUGUCCCUCUCAACCCGCCCGGCCAGCAGCAGAUGGUUCCCCCACAUUAGAGCCGGGUUCUGCUCGAGGUUUUUUUCCCUGUUAAAAGGGUGUUUUCCUUGCCGCUGUCGCCUUUUGGCUUGCUCUGGGGGUCAGGCAUAUGGGUUCUGUAAAGCGUCUCGAGACAAUUUGACUGUAAUUGGCGCUAUAUAAAUAAAAUUGAAUUGAAAAUUGAAUUGAGCCAGCCUUGCGGACCGCUUCAAGAUAUUUUUAUGCUGUCUUGCAUUUCUUGAACUUGGUCAAUUUUAAGGUCACUUGUAAAGCCAGCCUCUUUUCACAUUCAUUUUUUUCUUGACUUGCUGCAUCAGAUUUGCAUCCAGAAUUUUCUAAUAUUCAUUGGAAUCCAUUCACCCAGCUAUCCUGGCAGUAUUUCCUGUGCCACCGGCAGCCACAUAAGCUCAAAGCAGAAUAUUUCCACCCUGAUGCUUAACAGCUGGCAACAUGUGUGCUGCUUUUUUAUCCAAACUUCCCUUUUUACUGAGUGUGCCCAAUUUGAACUCAAUCUGUCCACAGUGCUUGUUUCAACACUGACUGCGGCUUAUCCAGAUGUUUCUUUACCUACUGUCAGGCUUUAUCGUCAGAAUCAGACAGUUGUUCCUCCAACUGGGCACCUUGGAUGUAUUUCAUGUCUCAUUUGUACCAGAAGCCCCCAAUAACCUUGCCUUGUUAUUAUGCAGGACACUGACUGCUUUGUGAAAGAUUGAGAGUCAAUCUGCGACGGUUUCUCUGCUGGGAAUUUGUUGGAUCGCUCAUUCCUGGUUGAGUUUGAGUUGCCCAAGUGAAGGAUUUUGUUCACACGUGGAGGCAAAAUGGAUCGAUAUGGGUUUUUUUGGCGCCAAUACUAAUUAUUGGUGAUCAAGAAAGGCCGAUAACCAAUAUUUGGAAACGAUACACAUUAGCUGUAAUGUUUUAACAGCAUGUGAUAGCAGUGGCCUUGUCAUUAAUGACUAGGCUUCUUCUUUAAUAAGGGUGUCUAUAACUGAACAUCCAUCCAUUAUCUACACACUGUUUAAUCCUCAUUGGGGUCACGGGAGGCUGGAGACUAUCCCAGCUGACUUAGGGUGAAUGCAGGAAACACCCUGGACAGGUCACCAGUCUAUUACAGGGCUACAUACACAGACAAGCAAGCACACUCUCAUUCACACCUACAGACAAUUUAGAGUCACCAAUUAACCGCAGCAUGUUUUUGGACUGUAUGCCGGAGUACCCAAAGAAAACCCACGCAUGCACAGGGAGAACAUGCAAACUCCAUGCAGAAAGAUCCCAGGCCCAGGCCAGGAUGUGGAUCUGGGAUCUACUAGCUGCAAGGCAUCUGAGCUAACCACUGAUCCACUGUGCAGCCCUUAUAACUGAAUAUGUAAGACAGAAAUAGGAGUGAUUAAAUGAGGACGCUCCCUUCUUUUUGUAUGGGAUCGACUGAGA